UAACAAAUGGAUUUUAUUUUAGUUAUACAUAUGAUUUAACACAUACAUUACAAUAUAAUUUUAUUGAACAAAAUAGAGAAAAAAAGAAUUUAGAUAAUGAAAAUUUUUGUUGGGGUACACGUUAUCAACCAACAUGGAAAUAUGCUUUGAAUGAAUAUCUUAUCGAACCAAUUCGAUCACAAGUUCAUCCAAGAUGGUUACUUUUUAUUAUAAAUGGUGUUAUACUUCAAUAUAAUUUAAAUGUAUUUUGUCGUUCAAUUUAUUUAACAUUAAUUUGUCGACGAUCACAAAGAUUUUCUGGAACAAGAUUUCUUAAACGUGGUGGAAAUUCUAAAGGUUAUGUAGCAAAUGAAGUUGAAACAGAACAAAUUCUUCAUGAUGCUUCACUUUCUUCACUUGGUAAAAGUCAUUUUACUUCUUAUGUACAAUUACGUGGUAGCGUACCAGCAUUUUGGAGUCAAGAUCCAAAACAAGUACCUAAACCACCAAUUGUUAGUAAGUAG